AUGGCAUCGCACCGACUCCGUCGAAAUGACUACUCAGCCACGAAACAGAGAGCGCUCGACGAAGCGAAGAGCAUGCAAGCUUUCAUCAUCGAAUCUUGCAGGAAAUCAAACAAAGACAUACCUCCAUAUCAAUUCUCCGAGCUCAUCGGAAAAGGAAGCUACGGCCGAGUUUAUAAGGCGAAAUCGCUGGCCAGUCGCAAACACGUCGCCAUUAAAAUCAUCGACAUCGAGCAAGGGGACAUCUCGAACCCGAGGAUGGCCGACACCUACGGCGAUUUAAUGAAGGAAGUCAACGCACUGAAGCUGCUAGGUGAAAGCAAUGCUAAAAACGUCAACCACGUUAUCGAAGCCCUUUCAAUAGGGCAAUCUAUAUGGGUCAUCACGGAAUAUUGUGCUGGUGGCAGUGUUUCUACCCUGAUGAGACCAAACGCUCCUUGUGGCCUUUAUGAGAAGUGGAUUAUUCCUAUCCUGCGCGAGGUUGCCGAAGCGUUGAAUUGGGUCCAUGCGCAGGGUAUUAUUCAUCGUGACCUCAAAGGCGCAAAUGUUCUCAUCGCGGAAGAAGGUGCUGUUCAACUCUGUGACUUCGGUGUUGCUGGCGUUAUUGCGACGAAAUUUGAUAAAAGAACCACUGUUAUAGGCACACCACAUUGGAUGGCACCAGAGCUCUUUGAUGAAUCUGCUUCAUAUGGCACGGAAGUCGAUAUUUGGGCUUUUGGCGCCAUGGCAUAUGAAAUUGCUUGUGGACAACCGCCAAAUGUUACUUUUGGUAUGGAUCUCGCACGAUUAGGUACCCAUCUAAAGCACCAUAACCCCCGUUUAGAUGGCGAUCAAUAUUCCACAGGUCUAAAAGAUAUCAUUGCGUAUUGCUUGCAAGGCAAUACAAUCGAGCGGCCAAACAUUCAGCAGAUUCAAUCGCAUCCAUAUAUAUCCCAAACGGAAAAGGUCUUCCCGACUUCCUCCCUGUCGCAUCUCGUCCGCGCGUUCAAGCUAUGGGAGUCUCAGGGCGGUGACCGGCGCUCCCUCUUCUCUGCCGGCGGAGCUCAAGGGCUAGCCGACCAACCAGCCAGCAAUGCAGCAUCUGGUGAAGACUGGAACUUCAGUACUACGGCGGCAUUUGAACAACACGUCUUCAACAACGGAGAUGCUCAAGAAGUGUACGAAGUUUAUGGAUCUGAUAUCGAGUACAGCCAACCACCUGACGAAUUAGCGGUGCAAGGAAAGAGAAAAUAUCGACGGCAACCUCCUCCGGAGCUACCCACUGUGAAGGCGCCUCUUGAGAAGAUUUUCGACCCCGACACACUUUCAAGUUAUGAUGACAACUCAAGACUCUAUUAUGGACGGUUUCAGCUAUUCCAGCCAGCCCCCAUCAAUGACCUCCCACUUCGUGACAAAACAGCCUCAGCUUCUGACGUUCGAGAAUCGCUCAUCGAUCUUGAUGCAUCCUUGGACGGAAGCGAGCUCUCCCGUUUUACGGACUUGGACACAAUCAGACCACGAGGACCAAGCCUUGCUGCUGAUCGUGAAGACGAAGGGGGUUUGUCUCAUUCAGGACACUCCACAGGCAUGACAGACGCCGAUCCUCACCGUCGAACACAGGAAUGGAAAUUUCCCUUGAUGGCGGCUCCUGCAACCGCAACGAUAGACACUUUCAAAUCCCCAUUUGAUGGCGACGCGAGCGCGGCGACGAUGGGCCAAGAAGCCUUCCAUCAGUCGAUGGAGCCUUCCGCGCCAUUGACAGGCUUCAGGGGCAUUGUGAGGAAGAGCCGCAGUCUCUCAGACUUCGACCUCCGUGCAUCCGUCGUAAGUUUGAUUGAUUUGGAUUUGAGCUUGGCAGAACCAUCACUUGAGAGCGAUACACGCCCCUCCACAUCGCAUUCCUUUGCACACUCCAUUGCAGACUCAGAUGUUCCCGGUCGCAGUCCUUUUGACCUAGAGAAGCACGCCUCAGUAUACGUUAUACUGCCUAGGUCUCAAGACCAGACUGCCCAUCAAGCGGGGUAUUUUCGGACUGCGCCUAGUCUCGCAAGCUCCCCAGACAGCGUAUGGCAUCGCAACCAGCUUCCGCAAGACGAGCACGAAAAAAUACGUCCGCAAUUCGAGGCUGGUCGCCCGUAUUCGCUAAGUGAAUUUGCUGAUACAGAUCCUGAGACCCUUUCACCGGCACGGAAUGGCCACGUCGACAGCGACCAUGGAUCUACUACGGAACGACGCUGGGACGCUGCGCCGCUAGACAACCGCAUGGGGAUGGGUAGCGGAUUGGCCUUGCCUCGGCUCCCCGACGCCCCGUCGCCAUACGUACUGCAAGGCCAGGCAACGCAAGAAGACAUUAAGAAUGAGUUACGACGUAUGGCGAUGAGCUUUGGGGAACACCUCCGCUACGUCGACGGUUUCCUGGCCGGGCUCGCAAAAGACGCCGACAGUAACUAUGAACGGGCAGUCGCUGUGAAGGGUAGAGAAGGACACGAUGAUGUAGUAGGAGAAGCAUUGGUAGCUAGACAAAUAAGUACACAACCCCAUUCUCAAAGUCUGACCUGCUUCUGUCGCAAUGAAGAGGGAUACAAAGGUAGGGUAAACUCACGAUCAGCACGACGGGCACUUGCCUGGCACAAUCUUGCACUUGGAAGGGUCAGUGAUGAGAGGAUCGCAUCUCUCCUUCUUGCCUUCCUGCACUCCCAGGCAAAGGUCGUAGUAUGGUGCUCCAUCGGGACGGGUGUGGCGGCACUUCUGGUACAUUUUGGUGGGAAUGAUGUAACUGCACAUUGUUGGAGAAGGGGGCUUGUGUUGGAAGAACAGAUUCAAAAUUUACGAGUGCUGAAGAGGCCUUUUUAUACUUGUGAGCUGGCAGCACGACUUCGAUUACAAGCGACAAGAACUGCUCUGCGCAGCCAUGGAAGUACUGCGACAUUCACCAUCGGGAUGCAUUCAUUGUUGGAAGAUGAGUUCGAAGCAACCCCGUUGGCGGCUGCGUCGUCUCACCUCGGCGAUGCUCUUCACUACCCAUACCGCAAACGCAACGCACCGCAACGCGCCGAUUUGCAGAUUCGCCUACCCAUGCGACGGCUACAGAACCCGUCCACCGUGGAUAUAAAAAAGAGGCGUUGUGAAACCGCGAGGGGCGCGUUUUUUGAGGCUACUACCUCCUGCAUGUUAAGCGCCGGCCUACUCAGGUUAGCGGGUGACCUCCACUUAUUGCACAGAAGUGAGGCGGGUGUACCCGUGCGGAUAAAUAUGUUGGGCGCGGAGAAAAGUGGCGCAAGAGGGGAGGAAGACGGAAGACAAAACUACCUUAGAGCCAGUCUUUUGGGCUUUAUACAUUCAUUGGCCAGUGUUGUGGCUUCUCGUGCUUCUUCGUGCCGCGCGCGUGCGCCAACGACAACAAGUGGCGUCACUAACGCUAGAUCCCGUGCACCUGCACAAGCCAUAUUGUGCUAUCGACAUGGUUGGCGAAUGCUAGAUACUGCUUUCUGCCGUCACCAUGUUCCCCUCCCAGCAUCGAGUGCUACUCAACAUCACACAGCUAGGUAG